AUGGAAGAAGAAGCAGGACAUCUUGCAAUUCCUGGACCAUUUGAACAUUUCAAAAUCCUUUUACCGGGUGAUAAGCAUAAUCAACGUGCUGCCAAAGGAUUACGAAGUGCCUUGAACGGAGGAUAUUCUUCUAGGCAAUUGCGUGCUGAACGUAAAGCUGCUGCUCAGGCAGAUGAAGAUUUGGUACCGAUUCGACUGGAAAUUGAUCAUGAAGGUUGGAAAUUGCGUGAUACGUUCACAUGGCCAGCACCUGAAUCGUACAAAGGAGAACUUUUAGAACGUUUUGCAAUCACACUUUGUGAAGAUUUCGGUUUGCCAAUCGUACAUUUUGCUCAAGCCAUUCGAGAAGCAAUCAUUACGCAAGUACAAGAUCAUACUUCUGCCGAAGCUUUGAGGCCUUUGCCAUCAAAAAGGAAACGCGAUGAAAUGAUCGGAAAAGGACAAAUGCGAAUUCAAAUCAAGCUGGAUAUCACCGUAGGUGCGAUGAAUUUGGUCGAUCAAUUCGAAUGGGAUGUCAGUGAUGACGGCAGCUCUGCAGAAGAUUUUGCCUCUACAUUUGCCGCAGAUUUGGGUUUGUCGGGAGAGUUCAAAACAGCGAUCGCGCACUCGAUAAGGGAACAGGUUGAUGUCUACACUCGAUCACUCUCUUUGGUCGGUUACACCUUUGAUGGAUCAGAAGUUAUCGAUGAGGAAUUACGUGGUGCCCUGCUUGCUCCUGUUUCAAGUAUCGUUCGAUUUGAACAUGACGUCGAUGCUCAUACACCCAAAUUGAUGCAAUUGAGCGAAUUGGAGAUUAUGCAAAUGGAGAAAGAACGUGAACGUGAAGCACGUCGUAAACGUCGUCAAACUCGUGGUCGU